GCCUUCCACUCAGUCCAGUAUCCAGUCAAUCUUCAUUCAUAAACCAAUCCAUCCCACAUAACGUACCAUAAGCAACAUGGCCGACGACAGCAUCAAGCAAGCUCUCCGAACCAAGUUCGACAAGCUCACCCCUGCCGACUUUGCUGCCUCUCAGGGCAACAAGGAAUCCCUCGCCGAGAAGGUUGCCGCUGCCUACGGCAUCUCCAAGGAGGAGGCCCUCCAACAAGUCGAGGAUGUCUUUGCCGGCAAAUAAAUAAUUCACCUCUCUGGGGAAUCCCCCAACGGCCAACCUCAUGACAACAUGCUAUUGGGAAAGGACACAAGAAGACAAAACACAUGACACAUUUUCCUUGUUUGCUCGAUCGAAUCCACCGUCGGUACAACGCCUCUAGAGAUUCCCGAAUCUGUUGAACCUACUCCGAGUCCUUGAGGAACAGGGAGGUGAAGAAUGGGUCAAAACCCCCAAGAGUUGCGCACGAAAUCAAGUUGCUCAUGAGUUGGACACGUGCGCAGGCAAGAGGAUGAUAUGUUUCUCGACUCUCUUUGUUAGAAUUGAUUUCAAUUCAAUAGUCAUUCAUAGCGAAGGAGCUCCAACUACACACCGAUUAUACUGUUAUACCUCCAAUAAGUGCGUUUGACACAUGGACACACUCGUCUGCUUGGCUGUGAUUCUCAUGAUUGAUUCCAUCUGUGCUUAAUUCUACCUAUAGUUGUUUUAACUUCCCGGGUUUAGUGUGUGCAGUAAAUAAAG